AUGGUGAAGGCGAUCGGCACUGUUUUCUCGUCCUUGAGCCACCUCAUCCAUCAGUUUUAUCUAUUCCCCUGCCGGACCCUGGAAGCCUUUUGGGAUUUCUCUCGUUGCUAUUUUUACGCUCUUGCAUUCUGGUCCCUGUUCUGCGCCAAGUUCUUGCAUCUUUACGCCCAUAUUCAUUCUCUUCCUCCUAGCAAGCUCGUCGCUUGGGGUAUCACUUUUUAUUUCCAGGAUGUUGUCAUUCUCCUGCUCUUGCGGGUAUUCGCCCAAAAAAGCCACACCCGCUCGCGGCUGCGCGUGGCGCUCGACGUACUGGUGGUCGUCCCGUUUAGUUUGAUUGUCUCCGUCAUGGCCGCCGCCAAUUUUUCAGUCUAUGUGUUUACCGGAGCGGAAAUCCACUGGCGCCAAGCGAAAUCCUUUACGGGUGAUACGGCCGCUAUACGAACUCUCCUCACCGGCCUGACCGGAUUUUUAAUCGGCGAGGUUUUGCUAUCGAUGAUAGCAGUCAUCUCCGCCCGCCCAAUUCACACACUCAGCGGCGGCAUCUUACAUGUGCUGGCAUGGCCCUUCCAGUGGCUGCUACCUCGCUUGCGACCGUACGUAAAGCGACCGCUCCAACGGUUACGAAAGCGAAACCAGCAAUCGGCCCUCCCCGACCCAGAAAUAUACGAGCGGAUCGCACUGGAGGAUGAUUACUUGAAUGAUUCAAGCGAUGACGAUGAGUCGGACUUCCUCAUAGGAGCCCCAGCUGGCGGCAGCUCCCAGGAGCUGGGGCGAGUAACGGAAAGGACCCUCCCUCGGGCACUCAUGCUUGCGGCCUUUUGUCUAUUCGUCGUACUGCGACUUUGCCGACCGUCCGAUCCUAUGUAUUGGUAUCUCUCAGGGAGUUUGCCCAUGGCUUCACUGUUUGAAGGUGGCCACCAUGAAUCGCCGGUCAAUGUAGAGGGGAUCCCUAGUCACUACGGCUAUCUGAAUGCAGCCUCAUCUUUGCGUCCACCACCUGCGUUUGGAUGGAUGCCGAGUGAGGCUGCCCCCGGUUUCGAGGAUUGGAAUAAGUCCGACACAUAUGCCCUCCAUUAUAAUUCGGAAAUAGCGCCACUUCACAUAUCUAAUCUUGACCAGCCUGUCCUCGAGCCGGUCCGGAGGGCGUUGGCAGAUGGCCAUGUCAAGAUCAAACAUGUGGUUCUACUAAAACUCGAGAGUGCCCGGGCGGACAUCUUUCCUCUACGAAAGGACUCGUUCAUGUUUGAGCGCAUCGCCGAAUCCUGGAAGGACAAGGUUAUACCCGAAGAUGCGCUGCAACGUAUCGCAAACCUGACUCCCACCGCCGAGUACCUAACCGGCUUCCCAACUGGGUUUGACGAUGGAAACACCUCACAACCAGAAAAGAAACCAUACGGUGGCCUUAGCGCAAAGAACGCCUACACAACCUCUACCUACACACUGAAAAGUUUGGCAGGUACCCUGUGCGGUGUGACACCGUUGGUAGCUGACUUCAAUCGCGAAUGGGAGCAUCAUAUCUACCAGCCAUGCUUGCCACAUGUCUUCAACAUGCUCUCCCAGCAGCCUGGUAUUACGAAAGAGACCGAUGAUUUUGCCAAGUGGCCCUUUCACUCAGUGUGGAUGCAGUCUGUGACCGAAGGCUAUGACAACCAGGACAAGUUAACUCCCGUCCUGGGCUUCGAGGACAAGAAGACCAAGGAGAUCAUCGAGAGUCCCGACGCCAAACACCCAGUGAAAGGCGAGGAAGUAAACUAUUAUGGCUACGCCGAUACCGAGCUCGAGGACUACAUCCGCGAUGCCAUUGAUAAUGCAGAGCGCGACCAUGAACGUUUGUUCCUGACACACUUGACCGGAACCACGCAUCACCCUUGGGGUCUUCCGGGAGAUGAAUACAGCCAAAUUCUUGGGUCCCAGAAUGGCCAAAAUGAGGAUUUGAAUCGGUAUCUGAAUGCUGUCGGCUUCGUGGAUGCCUGGCUUGCGACUAUUUUGGGGAUUCUGCAGGAGAAGGGAGUGGCCAACGAGACCCUUGUCGUCAUGGCUGGCGAUCACGGUCUCUCUCUUCCAAAUGACGGCGGCAUUACUCCCUACGACAACCCGCACGUCGGGAACUUCCACGUUCCCAUUGUCUUCGCGCACCCGCAACUACCACCCGUCGAGAUCAGUGCGCCAGUUAUGAGCGACCAGAUAGUCCCUAGCAUCAUCGACCUGUUGAUCGAGUCAUCAUCUCUCAGCGAGACUACCACACCCGUUGCCCGUGACAUUCGUUCGCUAUAUGAAGGCCAGUCACUCAUCCGGCCAUUGAUACAAGAAAAGGACGGCAAGCAAGACUGGCAGUUCACCGUGAUGAAUACCGGUGGCUCAUGGCUCAGUGUCCGCUCCGCGGCGAAGCCGCAGUUCCGACUAGUUAUCCCGCUCGUCAACGAUGUGGAGUGGAGGUUCUCUGAUUUGAAUGAAGAUCCAAAUGAAGAUCGGCCUGUUUCCCGGUUCAGCUUGUUAGACCUGGCCGAAACAAUUAGGAAGAAAUACGACCAGGAGGUCCUUCACUGGCUGUGGGAUGCGGCGUAUGUUUCCAAUUGGUGGGUUGGAGAGAACUGGCAUCGCUACCGAUAUGUGCCCGGCAAAUAA